AUGGUGUCUAUCAUCGCAGCAGUUAUUUUCGCGGCGGUUGCGCAGGCCGUUCCGACGACUAAGACGACGACGACAAUUGGCGCGAACCCAAUCGUCUUUGACGGUAGAAUUCCACCAUUGUUCAGAGCCGCCAAGUUCGAUAGCUAUGCUACAAGUCCAUAUAAUGCGGAAUAUGUCUUGGGACAGGAACCAUGGUCGAAAGUUAUCCAAUUCCCAAAUAUCCCCGAUUCUCUCUUCGACGUCCCCCUCAACGGAAAGUCGUUGAUCGUAAAGAUCAAUAACAAGUCCAUCUUCGCUCCAGGCGGUCCACAGAAUGCGCAAACUGGAUUCCGCCGUUCCGAGCUCCUUCCCGGGGUGAACAGUGGUAACGAUGCCACCAACAAUGGAGUUACAGCCCACCACUUCUCCAUCAGAACCGAUCCUACCAGACCAUUGAACUACACCCACGAGUACCAACCAGUCUUCAUUGAGACACAGGACUAUUCCUCCCAUGUUUGGCAAUUAAAAACUGGUACCCCAUUCGCAGAGUCAUGGCCACUCGCUGACGCCAAAACACUCCGCCUCUACUCCUCUUCCACCUCUUCUGCACCAUCUGAGCUCCUCAAUGUCCCAUUCACCGAAGAUGAAUGGCACAACUUCGCCAUCGAAAGCGACUGGGAUAACAAUCUGAUCACAGUGUAUUACAGCACUGGACUUUCCCCACUUGCGAAGGUUGUAGGUCCGGUUGGCAAUGAUGCCAGCGGAAAGGGGCAGUUCCACAUCGGGUUAUUGAAGUUGCCAACUGGCCCAGCAGGUAUCAACGUUGUUAAGGAGGGAUAUCAGAGCAAGAGACCAAAUGAAGGCUUGACUUACGGUGGUAUUUUCAUUGAGGAUACCAGCGCGGGCAGUGUUACCUUGGAGCCAAUCAGUGCUUAA